AGAGAGUGUUACUCAGUUGAUACAGCACGAGUAACAGACAGAACAGUAAAUAAUGUUGAUUCUUAUAACAAUUUUAAUGCUUAAUGUAUGGGCUAUACCAGCAGAUGAUUCAGUUUCACCAAACAUAAACAUUCUUGAUGAACUGGUGAAAUUAAGGUUAGUGGAAAGAAGGAUGGACUCUUUGGAGAAGCAAAUUGAGCAAAUGAGAACAGAAAACACAGCACUGACUACAAAGCUGAAAACCUUUGAAGAGAAGACAGAAAGGGAGAAAGUAGCAUUUUCAGCCUCACUGUCAGCUUUGAAUGAUGGCUUCGAAUUUAUUGGUCCUUAUGCACAAGCAACCAUUCUUGCGUAUAAAAAUGCCAUUACUAACAUUGGAAAUGCUUAUAACAGCAAUACAGGAAUCUUCACUGCACCAGUAAAAGGAGUUUAUUUCUUCAACUUUGUGGUCUUCAAUCCUCAUGCCAUAUCAACCGGUGUUAGACUGCUAAAGAACGGCAAUUUUGUGGUCGCAGCAACAGAUAACCCUCCUAACCUAGACACUGAGGACACUACUUGCAACUCGGUUAGUCUUAUUCUUGAACAAGGGGACCAGAUAUAUCUUCAUCUCAUAGAGAACCGUCGUGUCUACACAGAUAUGGUGAAACGUAACACCUUCAGUGGACACCUUCUUUUUGCUAUGUGAAGUUUCUGCCCAUGUAAAUUUCGGAUGGUAUGUUAACCCAAAUGCAGAGUUUUAUUCAGAUACAAAAAAUAGUAAGUAGUAAAACAAAACUUUCCUGAAGGUGUGACAAAAAAAAAAAAAAUUAUUGGCAAGACAAUAAACAAUCAAGUGACAAAAAUACGAUAAAGUUUAAAUAAAGCCUACAAAAAUCCUUCAAAUGUAGUACCAUUUUCAUGCACUGCUUUAUUGAUUUAUGGUAAGUAGUAAAAUAAAACUUUCCUGAAAGUGUGAAAAAAAAGAAGGAAAGAAAAUGAAUUAUUGGCAAGACAAAAAAAAAAAAAAAAAAAUCAAGUGACAAAAAUACAAUAAAGUUUAAAUACAGCCUACAAAAAUCCUUGUAGUAAUGUAGUACCCACUGCCUUAUUGAUUUUUGUUGACCAUUCAUUAAUAUUAAAACUUGUUAAUGUGAAGCAAUGUAAUUGUUUGUUGUUUAACAAUGUAAUUGUUCUUACUUGUCAUAAAUCAAAUUCCAUGCAUAUUACAUGAAUAAAGUCAUAAAUUGCUAGUAAAGCCAAGUAA